AUGCCACUGACAAUCCACCACCUCGGCCGAUCCCAAUCCGAGCGCAUCAUCUGGCUCGCCGAGGAACUCGACAUAAAGUAUGACUUUGUCUUCCACAAACGCGAUCCCAUCUUCUCCCCCCAAUCAAUCAAAGACCUCCACCCCUCCGGCACCGCCCCCAUCAUCGAAGACACUACCUCCCCCUUCACCUCGAACAAAGUCAUCCUCGCCGAGUCAGGCGCAAUCAUCGACUACAUCAUCGCAGCCUACGGCAACGGCCGCCUCGCGCGUACACCGAAAGACCGCGACGAAUACCUCCAUUUCCUAGAAUGGUACCACUGGGCAAACGCCUCACUCCAACCAACGCUCUUCCGCGUAAUGAUGAUUAUGCGCACGUCGGAUGAUCCGGAUGCGCCCCACGCGAAGCUCAGCAAAAUGAAGCUCGAUAAUGCCCUCGACAUGCUGGAGACCAGGCUCGGUGAAACCGGAGCCUACUUAGUGGGGAAUGACGUCACCGCGGCGGAUAUCAUGGCAGUUUGCACGUUGACGACGAUGAGAGGAUUCUGUCCUAUUGAGUUUGAUGAGCAGAAGCACAAGAAUAUCUUGGCUUAUUUGGGGCGUGUGGGUGAGCGGCCUGCGUAUCAGAGGGCUAUGAAGAUUUGUGAGGGGGAGGAUUUUGUGCCGAUUCUCGGGGCGAAGCCGGUGCAGUUUAGCUUUCCUUAUUAG